AUGGGGCAAGCCAACCAGACGCGUGAUAGCGUCGACGACCAUCGACUCCGCAAGACGGCGACGGCGACAAAGGCCGAACUCGAACACGAUCACGACCACGACCACGACCGCGACCACGAUGAUCCUCUUGACGACCAUCACCAUCACGGCCACUCCCACGGCUUAGGCGGCCACCAUCACCACCACGACACCACCUUUCUCGUCUCCAAGAACCGAAACGACCCGGGCGUCCGCAUCACAAACAUCGGCCUCAUGUCCAACCUGGCCAUGGCUGCCGUCAAGUUCAUCGCCGGCUGGGCCUUCAACUCGAAAGCCAUGGCCGCCGACGGCUGGCACAGCCUGACCGACCUGGCCUCGGACGUCCUGACCCUGGCCACCGUCUCGUUCAGUCUCCGGUCGCCCUCGGAGCGAUUCCCCCUCGGAUUCGGCAAAGUCGAGAGCCUGGGCGCCCUGGGUGUUUCCGGUAUGCUCCUGGUGGGGGGGUGCUACAUGGGAUGGGACAGCGCAAUCACCCUCUAUGGUCACUUUAGCCCGGAGACGGCCCACGCCAUCCUCGCGCAUGUCGGUCACGGCCACGGCCACGGUCACAGCCACGGUGCUGCUGCUCUUGGUAUACCGAGUAUCCAUGCUGCCUGGGUUGCCGGUGGUACCGUGCUGGUCAAGGAGUGGCUGUACCACGCAACAAUGAAGGUGGCUCGUGAGCGGCGCUCGUCAGUCCUCGCAUCCAACGCCGUCCACCACCGUGUCGACAGCCUGACGGGCAUCGUGACCCUCGUCGCCAUCCUCGGCGCUAACGUCAUCGAGAGCGCCGCCUGGCUGGAUCCGGUGGGUGGGCUCAUCAUCUCCUCCAUGGUCAUCCACGCCGGCGCGGUCAACAUGGUCGACGCCCUGUGCGAGCUGGCCGACCAGAGCAUCGACGAGGACGUCAAGAUCAGCGUCGAGAAGAAGGCCCGCGCCGCCAUCGCCGAAUUCGACCCGGCCGGCGAGACGCAGCUCCGCGACGUCAGCGGCAUCAAGUCUGGCCAGAACUUCAUGAUGGACCUCGAGGUGUCGGCCCCCGGAACCUGGAACAUCGACCACGCCCGUGAGAUGGAGUCGGCCAUCCGACAGCGCGUCGGUACUGACGUCCGUGGUGUGAGGCGUGUACGCGUCCGCUUCGUCUCGCAUCAUGAACCCAUCUACAACAAGUUUGAUGAGUUCAUCAUGGAUCAGCCGGAAUCUACGGAAGACAAGGGGAAGGAGGACAGCAAGAAGAGCAAUUGA